AUGAUUGUGUAUACUUAUGCGAUUUAUUUGAAGUAUUUGGCUUUGGCUGUAGUCGUAGCUAGUUUACCAUUCAUCGCGUUGAUUGCUCUGAAGAUUUUCCAGAAACUCACUGCUGGAAGAGUGAGCAGUUUGGUCUGUUUAAAGGGAAAAACAGCUAUUGUGACCGGAGGAAGCUCAGGCAUAGGACUGGAAACAGCCUUAUUCCUGGCCUCCAGAGGCUGCAGGGCCAUCAUCACCGAUAGACGCAACUCCUCCAAGGCAAAAGCGAGGAUACUCUCUGAAAUGAACAACGCUGACGUCACGACAAAGCGACUCGACCUAAUGUCUCAGCAGGUCAUCAUCGCCGACAGGCGCGACUCCUUCAAGGCAAAAGCGAGGAUCAUCUCCGAGACGAACAACUCUGACAUCCUGACGAAGCGACUCGACCUAACGUCUAUGCAGUCGCUGCACAAGUUUUCACAAUCGGGCAUAGGACUGGAAACAGCCUUAUUCCUGGCCUCCAGAGGCUGCAGGGUUAUCAUUGCUGACAGGCGCGACUCCUCCAAGGCCAAAGCGAGGAUCAUCGCCGAGACGAACAACUCUGACAUCGAAACGAAGCGCCUCGACCUAACGUCCCUGCAGUCGGUGAGGAAGUUCGCCGAAGACGUUAAGGAGAGCGAGGAGAGGCUGGAUAUUUUGAUCAACAACGCGGGGGUGGGCAGCGUGGGGAACAAGCAUACUGACGAUGGGCUGCACGCUACCAUGCAGAUCAAUCAUUUUGGGCCAUUUUUGCUGACGCAUUUGCUCUCAGAUUUAUUGAAGAAAUCAGCACCAAGUCGCAUCAUCUUCGUCGGUUCGGCCCUCGCCUUCUGCAGCAACCUCACCGCCGAAACCCUCAACUACCCUCAAGGGCAUCCCCUCUCCCUCUUCCGCACCACCAUGAUCUACGCCAACUCGAAACUGGCCAACGUUAUCACCGCCAACGGGUUCGCUGAGCGGCUGAAGGAGUACGGAGUUACGAGCAACUCCUUGCAUCCCGGACUCGUCAACUCCGAGAUCUUCUCGGCGUCUGCCAAAUAUUUGGGGCUGGAGACCAUAGCGAGGGUGUUCAGGAGCAUUGUUCUACUCGCAUAUGGAAAGAGUACUGAAGAGGGUGCCCAAACAACGAUCCAUCUCGCUCUCGCAAACGAACUGAAGGAAGUCACCGGAAAACACUUCUGGGACUGUAUAAUGUUUCCACAACCUCCUGGAGCUUGGAACAAGAAAUUUUGCGAUGACAUUUGGGAAGCUAGUGAGAAGUUGGUCCAGCUCAAACCAGAAGAGAAACUGAGCGUCUGCUAAUGUUAAAGUUUCGAUGUGUGAACUGAUUCGUUAUAUUUCUGUUAUGAAUGUUAUUUGUAGAAUAUUGUAGAUGAUAUUAUCAUUCCAUUCAGAUCAUAUUCAGUGAUCUCCUGUGUUAUAAUAAGGUAUAGAGCCC